AUGCGGAUCUUCGACGCCUGCACCAUCGAUGGCAAGGAGCAGCUAGCAUCUCAGCAACUGAUCCUGAACACCCUCUUCUUCUUUAAAAUGGAAUCUUUUACGUACAACUCGAGCAGUAUCCGCGUUGUCUUUGGCAGUGGAUCCAUCAACAAAACCCCAGAUGAACUGAAGCGUCUUGGAGCUUCUCGACCACUCCUUCUUUCGACUCCUGAGCAGGAGAAACAUGCAAAAGGCUUACAAGAGAUUCUUGCGGGCCACUUCGAGGUUGCAGAAAUCUUCCCAAGAGCUACCAUGCACACCCCGGUGGCUGUCACGAUGGAGGCUCUUGAAUUCGUAAAAAGCCGGGUAGCGGAUAGCCUGGUGUCCAUUGGCGGGGGAAGCACUAUUGGGCUUGGGAAAGCCCUGAGUAUUCGGACUGGUCUGCACCAUAUCGCCAUUCCCACUACCUAUGCGGGGAGCGAAGUGACUCCAAUUUUGGGAGAAACAGAAGAUGGCAGGAAGUCAACACGUUCCAACCCAAAAAUUCUUCCAGGCACAGUCAUAUAUGACGUCGACCUCAUGACAUCUCUGCCAAUCAGCUUAAGCGCUACUAGUGGCAUCAAUGCUAUUGCACAUGCUAUUGAGGCGCUUUACUCCCCGGAUAGAAAUCCGAUCAUUGAUCUUGUUGCACUUGAAGGAAUCCGAGCUCUGGCAGCGUCUCUACCAGAUGUCGUGAAAGAUCCUCAAGACAUAAAGGCACGUUCACAGGCGCUCUACGGUGCCUGGCUCUCAAGUUUCGACUUGCCACAUGCGGAGACACAUACCAUCGUACUUCCACACGCGCUUGCCUUUAAUACACCUGAGGUGUACGAGGCGGCACAGAAGCUUUCUGUGGCUCUACCAGAUAGUAACGGGGACGCACUGGAGGGGUUAAAAAAUCUUCUGAAGAGGCUACCAGUUCCUAAGGGACUGAAGGAGCUGGGCAUGAGGGCUGAGGAUAUUGAUAAGGCUGCGGAUAUUGCUGUUAACAACCCUUACCAGAAUCCCAGAGAGAUUAAGCGAGAGCCAAUCCGAGAAUUGAUAAGACGGGCUUGGGAAGGCGAGGACGCGAAAGUUGAUUUGUAA